ACAGUUCCAGGGAGACGAAGAACAAACAGCAGGGAUGAACCUCCAUACCUGAGGCUGGUUCUUGUUGGUAAAACUGGAUCAGGAAAGAGCUCCAGUGGAAACACCAUACUGGGAAGAGACACCUUCAGUGCAGCUGUCAGUCAGUCCUCAGUGACCAGACAGUGCUGUAAGCAGACAGGCGAGGUGUUGGACCGGCAGCUGACCAUCGUCGACACUCCCGGACUCUUUGACACUUUGUUACCUGAACACACCGUGAAGAGAGAGAUCUCCAAAUGCAUCAACAUGUCGGCCCCGGGGCCCCACGCCAUCCUGUUGGUCAUCAAGGUGGGACCAUUCACCAAUGAAGAGGAAGGCGCCGUCAGGCAGGUGGAGGAGAUGUUUGGACAGGACGCCUGGAAGUACACAAUCAUCCUCUUCACCCAGGACGAGAAAACUGGCGAGGACAUCGAGCGCCAGCUGCAGGAGGCUGGACCAGAGCUGCAGACGGUCCUGAAGAAGGCAGGAAACAGAUACCACGUCCUCAACAAUGACAGGACCAACGAUCGGGGACAGGUCCUGGAUCUGUUAGAGAAGGUGGAGGAGAUGGUUGGUGCCAACGGAGGACAGUUCUACUCCAACUACUCCUACGAAGACGCAUUAGAGAUGCUGCAUCGGAGAGAGGCCGAACUCAGAGAGUUCUACGAGGAGAAAAUGGAGGAAAAGAUCAAAUCUGUGGAGUUAAAGUACGAGAAGAAGCUGAGUGAAGCUGUAGAGGAUCACCAAAAGGUGGAGAAGCGACUGCAGUCAGAGCUGCAGGAGGUGAAGAGGUAUUAUCGUGUUUUAGAGAGCGGAGUCCGUCAUGUUGUGGAGCAGACGAUGCAGACUGACUCCAUGGAAGACAUCCUCAAGUUUCACAUGGCCCUAAAACUGAAGUUCACCUCUUAAACGUUUGUUUCUGACACUUUCUCAUCCCUAAACAAAUGCCAAAGACUCCAAAAACAACAUAUUCAAGUCAAUUUUUAAAAACCAAGAGCGAG